AUGGACUGAAGAAAGUCGCGCGGACGGACGGCUGCCUCGACCAAUGGAAGCUGCCGACGCGCCAGCCUCACACAGUGCGCCGCGGCUCGGGGAGAUGACGUCAGAGAGUCAGCAUGGCGGGGAGCGGCCGGAGGCCUGAGCAUCGCGGUCCCCCGGAGCUGUUCUACGAUGAGGCCGAGGCCCGGAAAUACUCCCAGAACUCUCGAAUGAUUGAGAUCCAGUCGCAGAUGUCAGAGCGGGCCGUGGAGCUUUUGGGCUUGCCAGAAGAUCGGCCAUGUUUCCUUCUGGAUGUUGGCUGUGGCUCUGGUUUGAGUGGAGAUUAUAUCUCUGAAGAGGGACAUCACUGGGUUGGGAUGGACAUCAGUUCUGCCAUGCUGGAUGUUGCUAUGGAGAGAGAGGUGGAAGGAGACCUCAUCCUUGCAGACAUGGGGCAGGGGAUUCCCUUCAGGCCAGGCAUGUUUGAUGGCUGUGUCAGUAUUUCUGCAGUGCAAUGGCUCUGUAACGCUGAUAAGAAGACACACAGUCCCCCAAAACGCCUGUAUCGAUUCUUCUCAACCCUUUAUUCUGCCUUGGCCCGAGGGUCCCGAGCCAUCCUGCAGUUGUACCCUGAAAACUCAGAACAGCUGGAGCUCAUCACUGCGCAGGCCAUGAAGGCAGGGUUCACGGGAGGAAUGGUGGUGGAUUAUCCCAACAGCGCCAAAGCCAAGAAGUUCUUCCUCUGUCUCUUUGUUGGGACGGCUGGUGCGUUACCAAAGGCCCUUGGUGCUGAGUGCGCUGAUGGAGAGGAGUCCCAGCAGGCCAAGUUCACCAAUGAAAGAACACGGUUCAGAAAUGCCAAGGGCAAGUCUGUAAAGAAAAGCCGGGACUGGGUCUUGGAGAAGAAGGAACGCAGACGGCGGCAGGGCAAGGAAGUGAGGGCGGAUACGAGAUACACUGGCCGAAAGCGGCGGCCUCGCUUCUGACUGCCCUGCAUAUUCCAGCUCGAUGGUCGCUAUGCAACAGCCCCUGCGGAACUUCCCUGCAGCUCUUGUGCCUCCCUGGAUGGGCCCCCUGGUCUGAAAGCUGCUUGUAUGGAGCGGGUCUCUGUGGCCCUUGCAGCGGAAGGCUGGGCCAUCUCUGCUGCUGUCCAGGGUCCCAUUUGACGCUUCUGGUCGUAUUUCAUGGGAUGAUGCCAGUCGGGAACAGACUCUGCAUCUAUUUUUAUGUGCUGGGCGCUGACACUGAGCUGGCAGACCCCCUUUCUUUGGCCAUCUGUUAUGAGAGCCAACUGGAGGGGUCAGAAACACUGGUGGGCAGCCUGCCCCGUACUGCGUGCAAAGGGCCCUGGGUGAUGGGACCUUUCCUGAUGAGCUUCCAGCCUACUCAGUAAAUAGGCCCUUGGUUACGAGUACUGCAGAGCUGUCGUCUUUCCGGGAGUGGUUCUGUGCACAGCAAGGGCUGGUCUCCGCUGCUCCUCCCUGGUUCACAGGAGUAUUUGCACAGUGCUGUGCCCUCUGCUUGGCUGCUGCAGGGUUACAUACUCCGGUCGUGUGGCGUAUGCUCAGUGAGCACUGAGAAAACCCACCAGUCGACCAGACUAAGCACUUCCGCAGCACUCAUGGGCUGGCAGCUGGAGGUGGGGGGCUGCUGUAUGCUACCCACCCUGCAGGGGCCCAUUCCUCCUUUAGCUGAGGGCUUCAACCGGCCCUUGGAGGAACACUUCUGUUCCUGGCUGCAGCACGGCCCUGCCCAGCCAGCCAAUGGAGGUGCCCUCUCUUCGUCCCUCCCCUCAGCCGCAACACAGCGAGGAGCCCACUGCUGGCUUUACAGCUACAAAUGUUUAUUCUGCAUAAAAAUUCCACCCAAUGGGAAGCUGUUUUGCA